CGGAUCUGCUCAUCUCCACACUGCGCACACGUUGCUCUAAAGGAGUUUACAUUACAGAGCCCGGUGUCAUCUUCCCCCAAUAUUCCCCUGUGUUUUCGAAUGUUGUCGCUCUUUAUGUAAUCCACGAAGACUGCACUGUAUUUGAACCGAAACCGAGAGCGACUGCAGCUUGUUCCUGUCAAGAUGCCAAAAGCCACAGACGUCUUGUACUAUCUAUUCCACGUCCAGGAACUACGAUCAAUCAUUCAAUGGAAAGUUUGGCACAAUGCGGUGCACGAACGAGACGAGAGCAAGGAGUCCGAGUCAGCCAAAAUCUGCUUUCAGUACUUGGAUAAGACCAGUCGCAGUUUCAGUGCUGUCAUCCAAGAAUUGCACCCAGACCUCCUACUACCUGUCUGUCUGUUCUACUUGAUAUUGCGCGGGCUGGAUACUGUUGAAGAUGACACCUCUAUUCCUGCGAAGACCAAAGAGCCCGUUUUGCGGAAGUUCCAUGAAAAUCUGGAGGUAGAUGGGUGGCAUUUUGACGGAAAUAGACCAGAAGAGAAGGAUCGAGAUUUGUUGGUGAACUUCAGAUAUGUCAUUGAAGAAUUCAAGAAGAUCAAGCCGGCAUACAAAGAAAUCAUCAAGGACAUUACCGAAAAGAUGGGCAAUGGUAUGGCGGAUUACUGCUUGGACGCGGAAUUCAACGAGGUUGGUGUCAAGACGAUUGACGACUACGAUCUCUAUUGCUUCUACGUUGCUGGCCUGGUGGGAGAAGGACUGACGAGGAUGUUUGUUGAGAGCGGCUUUGGUAAUACCGCACUUCUGCAAAGACCUGAACUCCACCGCUCAAUGGGUUUGUUCUUGCAAAAGGUGAAUAUCAUUCGAGAUGUUCGGGAAGACUUUGACGACAACCGAAAAUUCUGGCCAAAGGAGAUUUGGUCAAGACAUGUCGACAACUUCGGGGAUCUAUUCAAGCCAGAGAACAAAGAGAAAGCGCUGAAUUGCAGUUCAGACAUGAUCCUGAAUGCGCUCGAGCAUGCUGACGAAUGCUUGUUUUAUUUGGCCGGGCUCCGGGAACAGAGUGUGUUCAACUUCUGCGCCAUUCCACAGUCUAUGGCAAUUGCGACGCUGGAUUUAUGUUUCCAAAACUAUGCCAUGUUCCAACGGAACAUCAAAAUCACCAAAGGCGAGGCAUGCCAACUUAUGAUUGAAUCGACCCAGAAUUUGCAAGUGGUAUGCGAAGUGUUCCGAAAGCACAUUCAUUCCAUCCGAAAGAAGAACCGACCGCAAGACCCGAAUUUUUUGAAAAUCAGCAUUGCAUGUGGAAAGGUCGAACAAUUCAUCGAAUCAAUAUUCCCAUCACAAAAGGUGGAGGAUGUUCUGGCCAAGAGCAAGGCUGAAGGGGCUCAGGCGCAGGUCAAGGCUCAGCCCGACGACAGCGGAGAUACGAUGGUCAUAUUCGGAGCAGUUGCGACCAUGUUGGUGGUCAUUGCCGUCUCAAUGCUGUUUGUCGCAUGGAUGCUAGGGGCCCGAUUCGACAUGGCCUAUGCAGAAUUGAAGAAGGCCCUGGGCGAACUCAGCGCUCAACUUUCAGGUCGGAAUCUAACCAGUGCCACCGAAAGCGGGCAUGGUGAACUGUGAUGGCAGAUGCGACCGAGCCAAACACUGGAUUGAUCUGUAUAUUAAUGUGAUUCAGCAUAUAUUUCUUGCUUCCUUCGCGGGAUUGCUCGUUUUGUCGUUUCGAAAAUGGCGAAGCAAAGAAUGGCUAGCAGAAAAGUCUUUUGUGUCGAUACCUGAACAAGCACUGAUGUCAAAUUGCAACUCAGCCUUUUCAUUGACUGUUGUUGUGCCGAAGAUGUGCUGAAAUUGAUGCUUAUGAUGCUCGAAACUGACAAUUGACAGGCCCAAGAUUACUCUCAAUGAGGUGUCUUGUUACCUUCGAGCAUACAAACUUGCCAUCUCAGUGACUCGGAUCUUCUCAAGGUGCCUUGUGAGAGGGAUCGUUUCCCUCUUCAAUCGUACAUCUCUUUGGGCCUUGAAGUCGAAACUGUGCCAAAUCCACCGCCACUGUGUGCGAAAACGACGUCUUUGUGUGACCGUGCCAGCCAUCCAAUAGCUGGCGGACGAGCAUUUAUAAAGCUGGGAUAUUCCUGUUUGAGCAACUUCAACGUAGUGGUGAUCAUGGCACGUUUCGUAGGAAGGACUGGCGAGUGAAAG